AGAAGAAGAAGAAGAAGAAGAAGAAGAAGAAGAAGAAGCAGCAGCGUCAGGACAUGCCCGAUGUCUUAAAACCGCUCCCAGAUCAGCCCUGUUGGAGAGUAUUUAUGGGACUGCGGCUGUGCCCCGCUAACGCCAAAAGACCCGCUGAAAUUCAAAGUUAGAGGAGGAGGAGACUUAAAGCUCAUAAACAGUAAGAAGGUUGUUUCUCUUCUCCCGUCAGUUAGUGCCAGCCUGUUUCAAACACUGACGUUUUCAACAGACUUCUUCUCAGCUCAGUAUGGAAGCUGGCGAGGAGAACAGUGGCAACGCCAACUUGAAGAGACAGAGAGCACCUCUGUCAGAUUCUGACGAAAAUGUCCUAUCACCAUCAGGGAUGAAUGAUGGCCAGAAGCGGCGGCGUCUGGAGGCAGCAGGUCAAGAGAACCAAAGCCCCAUACCAUCCAGCUCCGGACGCCUUGCUGAGCUAGGGAUGAAGCCAGAUACACCAAUGGUUCCCUCAGUCUGGUCCAGAGUCCAGCAGCUCACUCAGAUAAGAGAAGGAGCUCCACUGGGCCAGAGGUGCCUGUCAGAUCCUGGGGCUGACAGCCCAACAGCCAUCAUCCUUGACAAGGGCUUCAAAGAGCAUCUCCUUGGUGAGGGAGAAUUCAGUCAGCGAAUGGAGAGGUUUAAAAUGCCAGUCUUCCAGGCUGGCCCCACACUGAGCCCGGCCAGCCUCUGCCCUCGAACCCACUCCAACUUAGUAUCUGGCAUUCAUCAGAAACUCCAAGGAACGACAACGCCCAGCUCCAAGCAGGCCUCUCGCAUGCGCCAGGAACGGGAGCAGGAGUUGAACUUGCUACAUUUCCAACCAAUCAGUGAGAACGCCUGGUUAAAGAGGAGCAGCUCUGAUCCCUCAUUGGCUCAGCAGGGAAGGACUCCUCCUGGCCCCUCAUCUCCCUCCUCCUGGAUCCCUAGCUCUAGAAGGAGAGUUCAUUGGCCUCCCAUGCAGCCCCUGGAUCAGGUUGAUGGGGAUGUUGAGAUGAGAGAUGGCAGCUUCACUGAAGUUCUUACAUCAAGUGCAGAUAAUCCACCUGUAAAUACAACAGGUGAAAGGGCAGGUUGUGACUCUGAAGCCCCAGCAGCAACAGUAGAGCUGAAAUGCUCCAUUGAAGGACAGCUGCACAUGGAAGGGAAAGAAAACACUCAUCAGAGUAAAGAAUUCAUUAAGGAGAGUGACCGAAAGGCUUUGGUGGGAAAUGAAGAGGAGCGACUGGGGGACGAAGAACCAGAGACUGUAUUAGAAUUGUCUUUUAGUGAGGAUCAGAGUUUCUCCAAAACAUCCUUCAAUGAUGAACAGAGAGUGUCUGACGAUGAACUGAUGCUCAUAGAAACAACUGGUCCACACGAGUCUAACAAGAAGGAAAACGAUGAGGUUUCCAUUGUAAGGGAACAGAGCAGGGCUGAAAUUUUUUCAUUUGAAGAUGAAACAAUGGAUGAUGAGUCUUCAUACAAUGACGAGGAGAUUGAGCCCUCAACAGAUGAGGAGUGUAGGUUGUGGAAAUAUCCUCAGUACAAGGCAUGCAAAAAGGAACAGUCUGUCAUGUCUGAACAGCUGCAGGAGGAUUUGUGUGCUGAAGAGGAGGAAGCAGAUUUGCAAUCAUUCGGGGAAGAGGAGAAAGGCUUUGGCAGUGUUGCAGGUCACCGUGAUCCCUCUGACAUCCAGGAAUUUGAAUGUUGUUUGGGUGAUGUCUCUGCUGAGAUUGCCGGUUCCUCUGAACUGCAGGAAUAUGAGAAAUCUAGACCAGAGGAGGACUCUCACAAGGCAUCUCCUUUUGAAGAUGUGACUCUGAUAGCAAAACGGACAGAUUAUAUAGAGCUUCAGAGAAAAACUGAGAAUGUAGCACAACCAAAGGCAGAGGCUUAUGACGAGCCUGUAGACAUUGCUAUAAAUAAUUCAGCUCUGAGUUUAACAGAGGUCCAGGUGUCGGGAUGCAUUUUGACAGAGGACAUGGAGCAAGAAGCAUUAGAUGAAAGGCAGGGUGUUAUAAACAGGCCGCCAGACGAUACUCACAAGGCAGAAGGAGGAGAGAGCUUAAAGAAAGUUGCCUUUGUCCUGGAGCCUGAGCUAAUCAAUGACUCAUCGCAAUCUGAUGCUAGGACCUCUUUGGGGUCCCGGGCAGUGACGAGCAUGUCAGAUGCUGAGCUUAGCUCACAUGAUGAGACCGAUACCACUGAAAUAAUUGACCGCAUGUUCGAGGAGGUGCUCCAAUAUGCUGGAAGGAUGGAGGAAGAGAGAGGGGAUGAUGAAGGGGCAGAGGACCGCGAUAGUGGCAUUGGUGCUUCCACAGGAGACCAGCAUAGAAUGGACACAGAAUCUGAGAAGCUGAAAGGUGAAAAAGAGGAAAAGGCCAAAGAAGAGUGUGAUGAGAGCAAGAAGCUUGAAAGCAAUGGAGAUGAGCUGCUCACUUUCCCUCCUUGUGGCAUCCUCUCUCCUCUCAGCAAGUCGGUGGAGGCUGUGGUCACCCCUCUGCGACUAGCUGCAAGUCAACAAUCCAAUCCUCCAUCCCUGCUCUUGACUCCAGAAGACACCCCCACCCCUCCUGUUGAAUCUGCUCCUCUGUACAGUAUUGACGCCUAUCGUACACAAGUGCAGAGUAAGCUACCCUCCAUUCAGCGCAUCACACCCGGGGCUCAGAGGCCAGCUCCAGAGAAGUCACACCCUCAACGCUCUGUCAACACCAAGGAGAGAAUCACAGCUCUGAAUGAGGAAGCAGGGAAGCUGCAGAAUGUGAUCAACCAGACCCUGCAGGCUCUGAGCUGUUGUACUGAUGAGGAGCACGGACGAGGCUCGUUGGAGGAGGCUGAAGCUGAGAAACUCCUGCUGGUCUCUUGUGAGAAACGCUCUGCCCUGCUGGCGGAGGUGUCCAGACUCAGGGAGGAGAGGAACUCUGAGCUUGGAGAGGUAGCAGGGGAGGAUGGGGAGUAUGUUUCCCAGCAGCCCUGCAGAGGGACCAUCAGCAUCACAAACAUCCAGCUACCGCUUAAGGUUGAAUUUGUCUGCUCCUCCCACAGCCGCACAGGUCGGCCAAGUCACUACUUUUUCAUCCUGAUCCGCUACGGGCCCUGCAACAUCAUCGCCACCCCACUGGCCACAGCUACUGAUGCUCAGAACGGAGACACCAUCUCCUUCCCCACCUCUGUAACUCUGAAGGACAUCCGCUCAUCCUUCGAGAUUGAUGUAGAAGUCUACAGUCUGUCCCACACUUCAGCUGGUAAUCAGAGCAUGGACCGGAACACCACCAAGUCCAGAGUUACACCGAGAAAACUUCUCAACACUAUCACGCAGAGAUCCAGUAACACUCUGGCAUCUGCUUCUCUGCCUGCUCUCAACACUCGUCGCUCCAGUAACUUUAGUCUCGUGGGCUCUCAUAAGAUCACCUUGGCCUCACUGGGACUCAGCAAGUUCCCUCUGGAUAAGAUGAAACUUGAAGGCAAAAUCAGGAGGCUGCUGGGAGAUGAAUUUCAGGAAAAGGUGCCUUUCCUCUCUCCUCUAGAGGGCAACAUCUAUUUACGACUGGACAGCCAGAGUCACUCUAAUGUGCAGCACCAAGGCUUCCUGACGAUAUUUGAGUUGAUCAGUGGAUAUGGGGUGUGGCAUCGCAGAUAUUUUGUCCUGGAGAGUUGCAGAAUGUACUACUGGAACCACCCCAAUGAUCGAGAAACCAAGGAGGCAGAGGGCAGCAUCUCUCUGUCCAGCUCUCCCAGUCAGUGUGUCAGGCCUGUCAAGAGGUACUCGUGUGCUCGACCUUUCACCUUUGAGCUGGUGAGCAACAUCCCAAAUCAGCAGCAGGACGACAACCAGGAAGCCUUAGCCAAGUGUUGGUUUUCAGCCGACACCAAACAGGAGAGAUUGGACUGGAUGGAGAAACUCAACCAAGUUCUUUUGGACUUUCACACGUGGAACCGAACGUCAGCGACCCAAACAGAAAGUCAGCAGUCAAACGCGUUGAGCAGUGGGAACUUGAGAGAGAGCAUUCUGUAACAUCACUAAACCCAACAUACAAAUGUGUAGUUCUGACUGUCUGAGUCCAUGAAAGCAUCCUGGAAACAGCUUUUAUAUGGCUCCUAGAUUAUUAGUCUCAGAGCUACAGGAGAUGAGCUUAGACUCUGUUUCACUGUUGAAUCCACACAGCCAAAUUCUACACACAGAACCAGGCAAAACGUGAUGCAUCUCAUGUUGAUUUAUCUUAGGAUAUAUUUAUAUAGAUACACUAAUAAAUAUUAAAGGAGAAGGAAAUUUUUAACUCUACUAAAAUGAUGGAUGAGAAUGUAUUUGAAAUGGCAGGGAAAUAUUGUAGGAAAUCUAGUUUUCGAAUGGGAGCUUCUCCAAGUCAUUUAGACACUACCUAUUUCUGUUUAUUGGUCAGGGCACAAUCAAUCCAUUCUAAAUAGAAGUAAAUGUUUUUUUUGUUCCACUGAACCAAUACAUAUUUGGCUGUUAAUUACUAAAGAAACAACAAAUCUAUUGUAGGCAUGUGUCACUGGUGUCUUGGGGUUGUGCCCUGAAGUGUUCAGUCAUAUUCCAUAGUCCAUGAUUUGUGUUGCUGCACAUAUAAAGCCAUGUUAUAUAUGUAAUGCACCACGUGACAGAAGGGGUGAGGUAAAAGAACUCCAGUGAUGAUGCUGCUAAAAUGAAUGUAGUUCUUUCUGAUGUUCUGUUUUCUCAUGUAUUUCCACCUAUCAGUCUGUCACUUUGUUAUAAAUGUGAUUCAAUUAUCAUUCUAUGCACUUCAUGGAAGGUACCAAUAAAAAAAAUGAAAUGGCUACAAA